AUGUCCCGUAUUACCAACGCCGUCCCUCUCGAAUUGCUUCUGCAGCUGACAAAGCGGGAACAACAAGAACAAGAGAAGCUAGAGAGAGACCAACCUGCCCGCGAGUGCUCGAAGCUGCAGCAGCAAGAGCAGCAACAACAGCAGGAGCAAACACAACAGCAAAUGGCGUGGAGUGUACUGCCGAAUUCCUCGAGAGUGGAAGUGGCGAAAAGACUUGUUGACGAUCUCCAUCAUUAUAUUGAUAAGAGACACAACGUUCACAAAGACAUUAAGGUGAUGGUGGUCAAAACCCGCGGAGCUAUUGGAUCAGCCACUAAAGAGCUCAAAAGAGAAAUGCAAAGAGCUGAAUCUGCAGAAACUGAACUGGAAGCGGCCAAGAUUGUCGCAGCAGCAGCAGCAGCAGUGACCCUUCAGACAAAACCUAGUACGACCUCGGAAAAGUACCAAAAAGGAGGUCGAGGAAAGCUAGCGGGUACGGCCAACACACCGGCCUCGACAUCCAAGAGGGUCAGAUCUUCACCGGGCGAAGGAAAAACAGGGGCGUCCAAGAAACAAAGAGAUACCCUGGGAAGACGCAUCGAUAGUACAUCCAAUGAGGUUCUGUUGCAGAUGACUAACGUGGUCGUAGCGAUUUAA